UUGUCGGUGUAUGUCACGAUUAUAUGCGAUCUUUUCCACCACACAAGAAUUUUUCACACAUAUUUUUUCCUUUUCAUUUUUUCAUUUUUUUCUUCAUCGAGUAUAAUUAAAUUCGUCUCAAAAUUUUCAAUUUUAGAUCAUCUCCGACCGUUCGACUGGCGUGAAGUAGCCAAAAAGUGAGCUUUAUUUCUAGUUUCUCUUAGUGAAAAUUAUCUGGAAGUGAAAGCAUAUUAAUUUUUUGUUUUAUAUUUUUUUACGGAACAGAAAAAUUUGUGGUAAAAUUUUUUUAUUGAUUCAAAAAAAUUAAAUUCUAAUUUAAAAAGAAAAAAAAAUCUUAACCAAAAUGGUUUACGAAAGUGAAUUCUAUACCCGUCGUCCAUAUACAUCGACCUACACAUCCUCCUCACGACCAACUAUUUCGUCAUACACCUUAACGUCAAGUUACGAUCGUGAUUUUGACGAUGACAUCACUACACCUACUUACUACAACUCACCUUCUUAUCUUCCUUCCUACCGCUAUUACUCACCGCUUAGCGUAAUUCCUGCUUAUCAACGAGUUGGUGGUUUUAAUCGCCCAUCAUUUAAAUUCGCAUACGAUGACGACUAUCCAACAGAAAUUGGUUAUUCAUCUGUUAGACGUACCAUCCCAAUUCCGAUGACCCGCAUUACUACUUCACCAAUGAGAGUUUAUCGUGAACGUGUAUCACCUGUUCGUGUCAUCACGCCAUCGGCCCGCAUUUACCGUCGAGAUGCAUACUCACCUGUUCGUGUCAUUACAAGUCCAUCACGUGUUGUCUCAGUCCGCGUCAGACCAUCUGUAUUGAGUCGCGAAUUUGAUCGCAUUGAACGUAAGCAUCGCAUGAGUCCCAUUGGAUUUGAUGCUACUGAUGAAUGGUUGAACUCACCUUAUACAUCGACAUUUAAUGAUGAAACAAGAGACAUUCGUGCACACACAAAAAGAUUGUUGAGAGAAGUCAAUGAGCCAGUUCAACGUGCACCAAGUGUUCCACGUUAUACUCGUGCAUUAAGCGCUCAACCAAAAUCAUACAGCAGAUUUGACCGCGAUUCAGUCCCCGACAAGUAUGGUGACCAACAAAUUGAAAAUGAAUUUUAUGUCAAUAAGAACAUUCUUCGUCCAACACGUAAGACUAGAGACCAAAUUGAAAUUCUUUCAACACUUAAAUAUCGUGAACUUCCAAAGCGUUAUUCCGCUAUAAUAUUGGACCCAGCUCGGCCAACACGUAGAUUUGCAGAACCAAUGAAAUUAGAUGAUCCUGCAGAAGCACGUAAAGAGGUCGAGGCAUUAAAGGCUGCCAACCGUCUCGAGAGAGUUAAAGAGGUUGAUGAAGAUUUGGAGAAAAUGAAGCAAAAGCGCAUCGAGGAGCGUAAAUUGCGAGAAGAGCGUGCUUUAAUGGAAGAAAAGGUUAAACAAGAAGAAAAUGCUAAGAAAGAAGAAGCUGAUCGUCAAGCUGAAAUUCAACGUCAAGAAAGAUUAGCUGCUCAAGCUAAUGCCGAAGCAAAAGCCAUAGAAGAAGCAAAAUUAGCAGAAGAACAGCGUUUAGCUGAAGAACAACGUUUAGCCGCACAAGCUGAAGCUAAUCGUAUUGAAGAAGCUCGUCGCGCCGAGGAAGCCCGUUUAGCUGAAGAAAAACGUUUGGCAGAUGAGGAGGCUGCAAGAAAAUCAGCUGAGGAAGCAAAAAAAUUAGCAGAAGAAGCACGCAAGCUAGAAGAAGCACGUAAGUUAGAAGAAGCACUGAAGCUAGAAGAAGCACGCAAGCUAGAAGAAGCUAGAUUAGCUGAGGAAGCUGCCAAGAAAAUCGAGGAAGAAGCCCGUCUUGCAGAAGAGGCCAGAUUAGCUGAAUUGGAGAAACUUAAGGCUGAGGAAAGUAAAUUGGAAGAAUUGGAAAGAGUUGCAAAGGAAGAAGAAAAUGUUGAGCUUGCAAGACAAGCUAAUGAAUUGGCAGAACUUGCACGCCAACAAGAACAAGAAUUACAGACAGCACCUACACCUGUUGAAGAGUCAACUCCAGUUGAGCCAGAACCAGAGCCAGAGCCAGUUGUUGAAGCUCCAGAGUCACCUGCACCAACUGAGGAAGUCCCUGUCGUCGAGGAGAGUAUCGCUGAGCCAAUUAUUGAGGAACCAGUUGCUGAAUAAUUCUAUUAAUGUUCAUAAUCUCAUAAAAUGACAAAGAAAAAUCAUUAAUACAAAUUAAGUGCCAGAUCUAUUCAUUUUAAUGACAUCAAUUUCAUUUAAUUCUUAUUUUUUCUGUUGUUGGAGAAAAUAUUCUCAUUACACAUUUACGUUCAAAAAAUAUAU